AUGGAUGGAUGGAGGGAUGUUUUGACCUGCCUCCGUCUGCCAGCCCCAGUGCGCCUGCCCCAGUCCGCCCGCCCCAGCCCCAAUCCAGCCUGCCCCAGUCCGCCUGCCUCUGUCCGCCUGCCCCAGUCCGCCCGCCCCAGUCCGCCCGCCCCAGUCCGCCCGCCCCAGUCCGGCCGCCCCAGCCCCAAUCCAGCCCGCCCCAGUCCGCCCGCCCCAGUCCGGCCUGCCCCAGUCCGCUCGCCCCAGUCCGCCCGCCCCAGUCCGCCCGCCCCAGUCCGGCCUGCCCCAGUCCGGCCUGCCUCUGUCCGCUCGCCCCAGUCCGCCCGCCCCAGUCCGCCCGCCCCAGUCCGCCCGCCCCAGUCCGCCCGCCCCAGUCCGCCUGCCCCAGUCCGCCUGCCCCAGUCCGGCCUGCCUCUGUCCGCCCGCCCCAGUCCGCCCGCCCCAGUCCGCCCGCCCCAGUCCGCCCGCCCCAGUCCGCCCGCCCCAGUCCGCCUGCCCCAGUCCGCCCGCCCCAGUCCGGCCUGCCCCAGUCCGGCCUGCCUCUGUCCGCCCGCCCCAGUCCGCCCGCCCCAGUCCGCCUGCCCCAGUCCGCCUGCCCCAGUCCGCCCGCCCCAGUCCGCCCGCCCCAGUCCGCCCGCCCCAGUCCGCCUGCCUCUGUCCGCCUGCCCCAGUCCGCCUGCCCCAGUCCGGCCUGCCCCAGUCCGCCCGCCCCAGUCCGCCCGCCCCAGUCCGCCCGCCCCAGUCCGCCCGCCCCAGUCCGGCCUGCCCCAGUCCGCUCGCCCCAGUCCGCCCGCCCCAGUCCGGCCUGCCCCAGUCCGCCCGCCCCAGUCCGGCCUGCCCCAGUCUGCCUGCCUCUGUCCGCCUGCCUCUGUCCGCCUGUGUCCAGCCUUGGGUUCUGUUAAACCGUGA